ACACAGUUCCCCUUGAUACACACGGAUACCCCAGCACCCACAAUCAGCCCACCCGGAUACAAUAUGAAAGUUAUCGCUUUGACCCUUCUCAGCCUGGCGGCUCUGUCGCAGGCCCGUCUGGACUACAAGCUGCAGUGCACCCGCGAUGAGAUCAGUAUCCGUUGGCCCAGCUACCACAGCAACUCCGAGUACUACGUCUGUCAGGGCGUUCAUGGCAAUCAGUUGACUGUUCACUGUCCUGCCGGCGAGGUGUUCACCUUCGUUCUCCAGCAAUGUGCCGCUCCGGCCCUCUAUGUACCUGCUCCACCCAUGGAUAAGCUGCCCACGUCCGAGCCGGUCACCACUCACCUGGUCGUCGAUUCCCCGCCAGUGAUUGGAGUGGUCACACAAGAGCAGUCCGAGGAACAAGUGCACGAGCACGAACAUCAUGGCCAUCAUCACCAUGAACAUGAGCAUGAACAUGAGCAUGAACAAGAGAACGAAAGUGGCGAGCAAGCAGUGGCCCAUCCCAUUCCUCCUACACCAGCUCCUGCUCCACCAACUCCACCCACAGUUCAGGUUGAAUCGCAGUCGGUGAAGAAACCAGUGCCCGUCCCCAAGCCAGUGUCCAGUGGAGCCAAGAAGCCGACUGUUCCCAAGCCCGGCAAGGGCACCAGUACCAGCGCUGCCAAGAAGACCUCGGUGCCAGCUCCUGUGCCAGCCAAGGCCGCCAAGAAGCCAGCUCCCCCACGUAAGGUCCAGAAGAAGCCAUCGGCCUAACUCUCUUUCACCAUCCAAAGAGCAGUUCAGACAAUUUCUAAUUCAAUCUUUUUAUCUUCACCAAGCGGAAUUUCAUUCGAAAAUGUUCAAUUAAUCCUCAAAUAAAAUUAACAAUUAUGUUUUAACUGCA